CUCUCUUAUAUAAGUAGUCAAAACAAGAUUCCUCAGCUCCUUCAAAACCCUAGAAUCUCUUCUCCGUCUCUGCCGGCGGCUCUGAAGAAAAACACUAAUAAUCUCUCUUCGUCUUCACUUCCUAGGGUUUCUUCAUCAUGGUUCUUUCAAAUGAUAUCGAUCUCCUCAAUCCACCAGCUGAACUAGAGAAGAGGAGACACAAGCUCAAACGUUUAGUUCAAUCCCCAAACUCCUUCUUCAUGGACGUUAAAUGCCAAGGAUGCUUCAACAUAACUACUGUAUUCAGUCACUCACAAACUGUGGUUGUCUGUGGAAAUUGUCAAACUGUCUUGUGCCAACCAACAGGAGGUAAAGCUAGACUUAUAGAGGGAUGCUCAUUCAGGAAAAAGGGAGAUUAAGUUUCUGAAAUUUGCUUGUGUUGCUCUGAAUGUUGUGGUGGUAGAAGUUUUUCUUCUUCUUUUGUUUAGUUUUAAUUCGAUGGAAGACAAGUAAAUUGAGAUGAAUUUAGGGUUUUGGUUUUGACGUAAUUUUGUUGCCAGAACGUCUGUCUUUUGACAUUUAUAAUUAGCGUAUGUUGUCAUUUUCGAUGUUAGUUUCAAUAUAAAUUUGGAAUCUCUAGUAUCAUUCACACGUGGCUCUACUUUGCAGUAUUGAAAAUAGAGUGAGUUAUUUAUUA